AUGGUGUCGCCUGUCAUCCUGGAGGAAACGAGGAAGAAAGAAUACCGAAAGAGUAAGCCAGCCCGGCUAGAUCUUACAAAACUGUUCCCCAAGCCGAAGGAUGGCAGCGACGGUCAUGGCGGUACACUGCUUUCGCCUGCCAAGAUGGUCAACUCGCCGGCCGCUAUGUCAUCCACCUCUGAGUUCUUUCCUCGCCCAAUGACGAGACAACCGACGCCACAAGUACAGCCUGCCAAAUUACAGAAGAAGAAGAGCAUGAAGUACCAUGAUCCUCCAGUAAAGCCUCAACCUCAACCUCAACCUCAACCGCAUAUGAGUCCAGUACGCAAAGUCAAGAGAGAUCAGUAUGAUAAUGCCAAGAUUCACGUACGCCGUCCGCCAAAAGGCGUCCAGCACUGGUUCGAUGCGCUCGAUGAGGAUAGUGAAGAAAGUGAGGAGGAAGUACGCGACUUAGAACCCAAACGCCACAACAGCGUCGCGACUGAGCCAGACCUUAUGCCAGACCUUGUGCCUACUGCUAUCGAGGCUUGGCAAGGAAGGAAUGCAUCUCGUUGCGAUAGUCGAUCGCAGAAUCCCACACCAGCGUUUAAGAGGGACAGUUUUGCGCUUGAGGAUAUCGUCGACAUUACCCAUCUGACCUCACCCAGCCAGUACUCUUUGGACACAUAUCGCUCACAUAUCUCAGCAAAGACCAAGACGUCAGCUAUCUCCAAGACUAAUCUCCAGGACUCUAGUGUCUUGUCUUUCUCCUCGUCUGAGGAUGAAGCUGACGACCGGUCACGAUCUCGCAAGGGCAGCGUCCGCAAGAGCAUGGAUAGCGCCGACUACACAGGGGAGAUCGUUAUCGGUCGGGCGCAAGCUUACGAGCUUCCACCACAUCGCCGUAUGCAGUCGUCGGGAAAACUGAGCAUACUCUCAACGUCAACAAACGCCACUAUCGAAGUUAUGUAUGCACCAGAACCGCAUUUCCCUUCGUAUCAUCACCCUCGUGGCAGUACCUACAGCGGUGGCAGAUUGUCCAGCCACGUCAGGCAGCCCUCGAUCAUUCACGAAGACGACGACAUCCGUCCAAAGACCGCUGUUACCCAGCCAAUUUCACCAACGGCACACAGUGUCGUGAGCACGCGCACGUCAGCCAGCGCACCACAGGCUCAGUCCGAAGGGUCACGCAAAUUUAUGCAAGUCACGCCAGAAGAGGAGGCUUUGUUGGAGCUGAUGAGGAAGAAACGUGCCGCUAUGAACAAACAGAUCGAAUCAUCGCAGUCAUCUACACCGGAACAAGAUCGGCAUCAACAUAAGUCAUCUAAACGUCCUACACCGCCGCAUCGCACGUCUGCCUCUCUUGCAGAAGGUAUGUCUCCCAGCUCUGCGCGAAUGGUUGAGUCACGGAACAAACACCGAGCACCCACGAGUGCACCUUGCUCCAUUGCGCCAUCACGUGGCAGAUCUUCGACGACAGAGAGCCGUGCAACUACAAGUCGACUCCGUGACACCUCGGCCAGCACCACUUGGUCAGAUCGAAAUUACUCGCCUGUCAGUCGCGGGAGAGUGUCGCACCAAUUGCUCACCCCGUCCGUGUUCUCGCCACAGGACAUGUUGUCUCCCCCGUCUCCGCCGCUUGCUGGGAGCUUCGCAUCGCCCACUACUACCGGCCAUCCAUCUCCCUUGCCCUCGCCAAUGACGCCUGCUCUAUACGCCGACGAGAGAGACGUCGCUGUGAAAGUUGCGAGCAGCGACACAAGCAACGAGCUUGACGAGCUAGCUAUGCUUGAUCACGGUAUCAUGCGUAUGCCCUCCGUGGGUGCGAAGUCUGAAUCCUCCCACCGACGACGUAGGACCGCAUCCAGCGACGCCGAGAUAACCUUCCCGGUGCCGCCCACAUCCACCGGCUUCCGCGACCUGACUCCAGUCUCAGAGGCCUCGUCCCGUGCUCCCAGUAUCGUCGAACCCGCACUACCAAAGAUGCCGAAGAAGAACGCGCGACACAUCAGCGAACUCGCGCUCGCGAGCAUAGAAACACGGAGUCGGCAGAGCAGCAUUCGUUCUACUGAAUCCCGUACGUCGGUUUACUCGCAGUCAUCUAGCUACUACAAGCCUACCAGCAAGGGGAGGGCACGUCAUUUGAGCCCAGACGCCAAUGUUACGAGUAGUCCCAGGAUGACGAGUAAUGAUCGGGAUAGGGACAGCGUCAGUGACGACGUUUUGGCUGCCUGGGGCAGUCUGGGAGGGACGUACUAG